AAUCAACAUGCCUUGUUUCAGUGAGCAGACACAGUCCACAGUAUGUUGACUUUGACUUUUGAGCAGUGAUAAAGAAUGUAGUUGACCAAAAUAGUACAAACAUCAUUAAACUUGAAUUUAAUGUUAGCAUGCAUUACUCUGUUUCUAUAUUUAUAUCAUCUUCUUCACUCACUCUUGCAUGCAGUGAUUCAAGAAGAGCUAAUAAUGUCUCUCUUCUCCUUUUCUUCUCUUGGUUUAACAUUCCUUGCGAUUAUCAUCUCCGGUUUAAUUUUCACACUCACUCAACGGAACUCUAAAACAAAGAAACGUUUAAACCUUCCUCCAGGCCCACCGGGCUGGCCGGUAGUCGGUAACCUAUUCCAAUUCGCGCGCUCAAAAAAACAGUUUUUCGAAUACGCAGAAGACCUCAAGAAAACGUACGGCCCGAUCUUCACCAUAAGGAUGGGGACUCGAACAAUGAUCAUCCUCUCCGACGCCACACUAGUCCACGAAGCCUUGAUCCAACGCGGAUCUCUCUUCGCCACCCGACCCGCCGAGAACCCGACCCGAACAAUCUUCAGCUGCAACAAAUUCACCGUAAACGCCGCCAAAUACGGUCCCGUGUGGAGGUCCCUUAGGCGAAACAUGGUGCAGAACAUGCUCUCCUCGACCCGGCUCAAGGAGUUCGGAUCCGUGAGACGAUCCGCGAUGGAUAAGCUCGUCGAACGGAUCAGAUCGGAAGGUGACGACGAUGGAGGAGUUAUCUCGGUGCUUAAGAACGCGAGAUUCGCCGCGUUUUGUAUUCUGUUGGAGAUGUGUUUCGGAAUCGCGAUGGAUGAGGAGGCGAUCGAGAAGAUGGAUGAGAUGAUGAAGACGGUGUUGAUGACGGUUGAUCCACGGAUCGACGAUUAUCUCCCGAUCCUCGCUCCGUUCUUCUCCAAAGAGAGGAAGCGAGCUCUCGAAGUUCGCCGCGAACAGGUUGAGUUAGUCGUGAGUUUGAUCGAGAAGCGACGGAGAGCGAUUCUGAAUCCGGGAUCUGAUAAAACGGCGCCGUCUUUCUCAUACCUCGAUACGCUCUUGGAACUUAAAGUGGAAGGACGCGAAACGGCGCCGUGUGACGAAGAGAUUGUUACUCUAUGUUCGGAGUUUCUCAACGGAGGUACGGACACUACUGGGACUGCGAUCGAGUGGGGGAUAGCUCAGCUGAUCGCGAAUCCGGAGAUUCAAUCUCGUCUCUACGAUGAGAUUAGAUCGACGGCUGGAGAACGUAGUGUCGAGGAGAGAGACGUGGAUAAAAUGGUCUUUUUGCAAGCGUUCGUUAAAGAGCUUCUACGGAAACAUCCUCCGACUUAUUUUUCGCUGACGCACGCCGUCAUGGAAACGACGUCGCUUGGCGGUUAUGAUAUUCCCGCGGGCGUUAACGUCGAGGUUUUUAUUCCCGGUAUAAACGAGGACCCGAGGAUCUGGUCUAAUCCUAAGAAGUUUGAUCCGGACCGGUUUAUUUCGGGUAAGGAAGAGGCUGAUAUAACCGGGAUUAGUGGAGUGAAGAUGAUUCCGUUUGGUGUUGGCCGUAGGAUCUGUCCUGGACUUGGAAUGGCGACCGUACACGUGCACCUAAUGCUUGCGAGGAUGGUUCAAGAGUUUGAGUGGAGUGCUUAUCCGACCGGAAGUGAGAUUGAUUUUGCCGGUAAAACAGAGUUCACGGUGGUUAUGAAGAAUCCUUUGAGAGCCAAGGUUAAACCAAGGGUUUAAAUUUUUUAAAUAUGUAUUUUAGUUUAUCUUAAAAUUAAAAAUUAAGUAUUCUAAUUAUCCAAUAAUCAUUUUGGUUACAA